AUGGUGGUCCGCAGAGCAGUUUUUAUUCAAUCAUUGAUUGUGGUGGUGUCCGUUCUUUUUAACAUGCAAGGUAACGUUGUGGUUUCAAUGAAACUGAUAGUAUAUUUUUUACACUUGUAUUCCUCAACUUCCGAAAACGCCCAUUAAAUGAAAUCAAUAAAACCAGAUAGCAGCCUUUAACUAGAAAUACGUGUAUCUCAGAACCUCGCGAAGCUCGGGGGUGAGGCCCAUAAAAUGUCAGGGAUGGAAGGGGGAGAGAAUUGGAGUAAAUUGGGUGAGGACGGGUUUGAACACUGGCUCUAAUAUUGGAAGGUGAGAUGUAGUUAAUCGCCUUUUGGUUGGAGUAAAUUUAAAACCCAGAGCUCUUUUAUUAAAAAGGAUUUUCUGGGACUUAAAUGGGGUUGGUGUUGUUAAGGAAGGGUAGCCAGUGUUUCGUAGGUCCCGUUUUCACUCCAUUUGACCCUCCUACAUGUGUAAUUAUAGUAACAGAAAAUGAGUGUGAUAGUGAAUAACUGCGGGAGAAUAUGCGGCAAACACGUGUUAUCUUUAAUGGGUAAUAAUAAUUACUUGUGAAGUUUGUCAUCAGUAGUGAGUGGAUGAAAUGGUAGGAGAUAAUGCUGCAGUGAAAAUAACAAGUCAAUGCUGGAAAUUGGAUAAAAAAAUAUUUAUUGUUAGGUGAUUACAGCAAGAGAGUGUUUGAUUCUCCCUGAGGAAAAAAAUCCGGAUCCAAGAUGGCGGACAUUAGACCAUCUACUGUUGUCAACUUACUCUUAGUCUUUGAGGCUGAAUUUGAGAAUGAAGUUGAUCGUUCCGUUUGAUGGAAAUAAUGGUGAAAAAUGUUAGUUAGCAACAAUAAUAAAGCAAGAAGGGUUGUAUCAAAACAAGGUAACUCCAGCCAAAAACGUAAAAUGGGCAAUUUCGUCGCGUAAUUAGCAUUUAACUUAGCAUAGGCUUUCUCACACGUUCUACAAAAUCAACGCUUUAAGUGUCUUUAGCUUAUCUUUCUUUAUUCUAUAAAGUUAUGGGGGCAAGGUGAAAAAAUCCAUCUUCCUACUAGUAUGUAAUAUAAACAAUUCGGUAUGAGAAGGAUGAAAGUUUGUUACCGACAGUAACAUUUUUUUAUUAGUCCGUGACAAAUCGUAAUUCUAUUCCGGUUCUAUACCUUAAACUAUUUUAUAUAAGAUUUCCGUUAAUCUUUUUAUUUCGUUUUCAGUCUGCACCUCCAGUAUUGUAGACAGUAUAAAUGAAUGUGAUCAGAGGGAAGUACAUCCCGAUAGUAAAGAUGGCAAAGAUUUCGUUACAACAAGACUUUGCAUUCAGAAUACAUGCCAGGGCUGCUAUACAAUUCACGAAAAAAAUUUCGACGAGGCGUGCCAAAAUCAGGAGAGAGACAGGUUUAACCCAGACUGGGAAAACUACAAAUGCUGCGCG